GAAUGUCAUUGUCAAAGGCUGAUUGAUAAAAGCGGUUCAACAUCAGCUGAUCUCAAAGCAUUUUGAUCAUUAUCAGUGUGGUUAGCAGCACUGACGCCUGAGUUCAGUUCGGUGCUAUGGAGAUAUUAGCCGAAGCUGGGAAGAUGGCGUGGCUGUUGUUUUGUUUGGCACUGAUCACAUUUGGGAUGGUUGAUGGCAGGCCAUCCUUCAAAGACAACCCAGGACUGGACCCUGAAGUAAAUAUGAACAUUAGCGAGAUCAUAAGACACUGGGGCUACCCGGCUGAAGAAUUCGAAGUGGUCACAGAGGAUGGGUACAUCCUGAGCAUCAACCGAAUCCCACAUGGGGUCAAAAACAAGGACUGGCAAGAAGUCAAACCUGUGGUGUUCCUUCAACAUGGUCUCCUUGCUGCUGGAAGUAACUGGAUAACAAACCUUCCCAACACAAGCCUUGGCUUCGUAUUAGCAGAUGCUGGAUUCGAUGUGUGGAUUGGCAACAGUCGUGGGAACACCUGGUCCAGAAAACAUAAGCACCUUAACCCUAAAGAAAAGGAAUACUGGGAGUUCAGUCAUGAUGAAAUGGCCAAAAAGGAUCUUCCUGCAGUGAUAAACUUCAUUACAGAGACCACUGGCCAGAAGCAAAUCUUUUACAUUGGCCAUUCCCAGGGAACCACUAUUGCCUUCAUGGCUUUCUCCACGAUGCCGGAGCUGGCCAGUAAAAUCAAGAUGUUCUUCGCUCUGGCUCCUGUUGCCACAGUGGCGAUGACAAAAAGCCCAAUGGCCAAGUUAGCUGUAAUUCCAGAGUUUCUUAUAUGGGAUAUGUUUGGACAGAAAGACUUCUUUCCUCAGAAUGAGCUGAUCAAGUUUUUUGCCACGGAGUUUUGCAGUAGAAAGCCUUUGAGCGUGCUUUGUGGAAACGUCUUCUUUCUCCUGUGCGGUUUUGAUGAGAAGAACCUGAACAUGACCAGAACACCCGUGUACACGACACACUGCCCAGCCGGAACCUCAGUACAGAACAUUGUUCAGUGGGCUCAGGCUGUGAAAUAUGGUAAACUGAUGGCGUACGAUUAUGGAAAAGCUGGAAAUAUGGCACAUUAUAAUCAGUCGACCCCUCCUGCGUACAACGUUCAGGACAUGAUGGUACCCACAGCUCUGUGGUCGGGUGGACAGGACACUCUGGCAGAUCCUAAGGACGUGGCUGUGUUGCUUACACAGAUACCUAAAUUGGUGUAUCACCGCAACAUCGAACACUGGGAGCAUCUGGACUUCAUCUGGGGCUUGGAUGCCCCACAGGAAAUGUACAACAAAAUGAUAGAACUGAUGAGACAGUAUGCAUAAAGGGACAUUUUGAUUGAAAGUCAGGUUUUAACAUCAGUGUUAGCUUCAAGCAUUAAUUACGGUUUGUCUUUUUUGUGCAUAUCUUGUGAGAUGAAACUAAUGUUCUACCUCACUGUGCUGUAAGAUUUUUAUUUUGUUUUUUGGGGCUGGUAACCUAGUCUGCAAUUUAUGAAUGUUAUUGCAAGUCUGAGCCUUUUAAAAGUUUGUCAUCCAAAGACAGAGGUUUUCCAAAGAAAUGGUUACAAUGUUUUUUUGGCUUAGCUUUUACUAACCACUAUUAGUUUUGACUGUACUGUAGCAUUUUAUUGCCGAUUUUAUGAUUUAUUCAUGUAAUGGAAUUAUUACACGUUUUUAUGUUCAUCUUUGAUUUUACUCAUAUGCUUUAAGGAUAGUUGAAUAGACUUAACAAUGAAAUCAUAUGUUGGUCAAAGAAUUUAAAUGUUUGUAAAACAUGACAUAAAGCCCAAAAAACAUACAACAAUAAAAUAGACAUCAUACAGAAAAAAUUACAUAGUUUUAUUGUCUUAAUACAAAUCUACAAAUGUGUUUGUUUUAUUAGCAACUUUAACAAUAUAGCACAAACCAAAUUCAAAUCUAUUAUUACAGUAAUAAAAACCAACUUUAACUGCGUAACAUAAAAAA